AUGGCAGAUGAGGGGCUCCUGCAAUCACGGAUGCAGCCCGCCCUGAUCAUGGUGGCAGGAGCGCGCCUCAAAGUGUGUGUUUUUCUGUGUCACGUAUCCUUCCCCAUCCCAGGGUCAUGUCAGCCAGAGUCAGAGGUCUUGCUUCCCAUCCCAAAGCAGAGACCAGAUCUCGUCAAAAAUAAGUCUCCCACUUGGGGGGAAAGCCUGAGCCUAAAAUUCCCAAGUCCACUGUCUUGCACCUUCCCAAAACAGCGACUCGGGGGUAUUCAGCCACUUUGGUGGCUAAGGUGCUCUGGGUCCAGCUCAGUGACUUUGCAGCUGACUCUGUGGCCCCACCACGAGGCCAGGAGGCCCAAGAAGCCUCAAGAAAGCAGGCUUCCUCUAGGUAGCCUGGUAUUUGCCGAGACAGCUGCCCCCAUCCACUGGAUGCUGGAGAGCUUCUUCCAACAUGGGGGUGACUCAUGUAUUCUCAACAAGGACUCCAGGUCCAGGGUCUGUGAAAUUCAGCCAAUGAAGAAGAAGGGGCUUGAACCAUUCCUGCAAAUAGCCAGACCUAUGGAAGAAGCAUGGGCCCUGGGCUUCCCCCAGAAAAUAUGGGGUUCUCAGGACCUGCCUGCCUUCAGCUGCACUGUCCUUAGAGUCCACGUGAGCUGCCUAGGCCAGCCCUGGUCCCUUUGUCCAGCCUCCUUGGCUCCCGCUGCCUGGACUAUUCAUUUGUUCUCUGAUGUCUCCUCUCCUCAGCUGCCUCUCUGGGCAUCCAAACAGUCUGAAGCAUUCCUGGUCUCAAGGCCAUCUGUCACCCUGAGUCUAGGAGCUAUAAGGCCUAGCUCUGCCCAGCCACCUGGAAGGCCCCUCCUGCGGGAUCUUGUUGGGGGGGAUGUGGCUCGGGAGCCGACACAACCCACAGAGGCAACCAGUCCUGAAAGUCAUAGGCCUUCGGAGCUUCAGAAGAACAUGGAGAGCCUUCUCUGAGGUCCCCUUGCUGGGAUGAGUCCCAGGAGUGCCCCAGGGGAUGCUAAGCACAAAGGAGAGAGGAGGACAGUAUUUGGGCCUGCGGUGUCCUGCCGGCGGGGACCUCCAGCGUCCCUGUACUCGCCUGCUUCCUGUGAAACGUGGUGAUGCAGGCCUCGGGGGCGGAGAGGGGGAAAGCGUGCACACCGCGUCAUCAGGCUGCUGUGGUCUCUCCUCUCUUCGGCUGUGUGACUUUGGGCAAGGCGCUAACGUCUCUGUGCCUCGGUUUCCUCAUCAGUCCAAUGGGGGUGAGAAUAAUCGGGGCUGUUGAGGGGUAAGUGAGGAAACACGAAGCUCGGAGUGCAGGGCCCUCCACCUAGCCUGUGCUCAGAACCUGUAAGCCAUUCUCGGGGCUGCUCUGGUUGCUGUUCAGGCAAAUCAGAGCAGCCAAACCGCAGGGCUCCGAGGCCCAGGCAGGGGGGAUGUCUGCAUGUUCCAGGAGAGCACAGAGGGCCCUCCGCCGUAGCUCAGACAUCUCUGGGGGCGCUGCGUGAUGACAGGCUCCUACGUGAGAUGCUGUCCCCUGGGCCUCCGGGGCCGUGACCCUAGGUCUUGCGAGGACCCCAUGAGAGGAGAACGGAGCGCAUUACUGCUUUUUUUUCAUGACUCCCUGCUCUCUGCCUCUGGUUCCCAUGGCGGCAGCCGGUACCCCCGCUGGCUCGGGCAGCUCCAGUGAGCCCCGCUGACCUCUGGGGACACCGGUGCUCCCGAAGCCCAGCUGUGGCCUGAGUGGGAGCUGCACCAGGUACUUCCCUGGAAGGGCGGCGCCCCCCGCCCGCCCCCUCCGGGCCGGCCCAGCGCUGGAAGUGGGGUUUGAAACGCCGCCAAGGAGAGGAGGCCGUGGGCACCGCCCGGAACGCGAAACAGAUAAAUAAAUAAA